AUGGCCGGGCCUGGACGAAUUCACAAGAAGAAGCGACGGCGCAAGUACAAGACGCUGCGCAAGUCUCGGUCCGGGACCGGGACUCUCCAAGGUAUGUCAGCUGGGCAGACACAAGAGCCGACAGUGGCCGUCGAGACGUUGAACGUCUUGGCGCGGGCCUGUGCUGGGUACCAGUACAAGAAGAUGGAGUUGGAGAACCCUCCGACUGAUACGUCGGAGUUGACCUCGCUUCCAGGCAUAAGCUGGAAGCGCUUCGCAAAAGACCUAGACGUGCUCCCGGACGAGAUCCCUGCGGAUCUUCCGCAGGACAAGGGAACACAGCACGAGAUUGAUCUCGUGUCGGGAACGAAGUUAUGCCUGACGCGGCAGUGGCCACUGCUGCGGGAGCAAGUGAAGACAAUCGACGACUUCUUCGAAAGUCCUGUGAACGAGAAGACGGACGUCGAGAUGCACAAGGAGCAUCUCCGGGAACUGCUUGGGCUCAUGCGCAAGUACAAGCUCUAUGCGAACCUGACGAAGUGUAUCUUCGUGUGUGACGCAUCCGAUGUUGCGAUCGGGAGUGCGUUAAUGCAACUCGAUCACGACGGCCGUGAUCGAGUCGUCUACUACCAGUCGCGUCAGCUGAAGCCAGAUAAGCGAAACUACCCAGUACAUGCCAAGGAACUCCUUGCCAUUAAGUAUGCACUCGCGAAGUUCCGGAUGUACUUACUCGGCAACACGCCGUUCGUGGUCUAUACGGACCACGCGUCGUUGCGGACGGCUCUGAAGUUUCCGCAGAUCUCGCAACGGAUGGCGAGAUGGUUGUCUUUCUUCGCGGAGUACAACUUCCGCGUCGAGUACAAACCCGGAAGGUUGAAUGUCGUCGCGGACGCGUUGUCGCGACGCCCAGAUAAUGCUGUCAAGACAGCCGACGUCAACCGGAUUUACGUCGCUCGGACAUAUACACCGUCGUCCUUGUUGGACGAGGUGAAGGCCGCGUAUGCGCAUGACACAGACGCAAAGCAGCUGAUCGAGUUUCUCUCAGCUCCUUCCGACAAAGCACACGACAAUGCGGACCGCAUUGUCGUGCUGAAUGAUCCUGACCUGCGCAGCAGGAUCAUGUACGAGUAUCACGAUGUCCCCAUGGCAGGACAUCCGGGACGUGAGAAGACGUAUUCUCUUCUCACGAGAGACUUCUACUGGAACCACCUGUACAAGUGGGUGCGCAAGCGGAAGACUGGUAUUGUGGUCGUUGUGGACCGCUUCAGCAAGAUGGUGCAUCUCGCUGCUGUCGCAGCGGAGGUGACCUCCGUACAGACGGCACGUCUGUUUGUCGACAUGGUGUUCAAGCACCAUGAAGUGUUCACACUUCUUGGAACGCAGUUUUCAAUGUCGACUGCGGAUCAUCCACAGACGGACGAGCAAACCGAGCGCGUGAGCCGCGUGGUUCUCGUGGACUUGCUGAAGAGCUAUGCCCAGUCGUUCCACAACUGGAGCGACUACUUGCCGAUGGCCGAGUUCGCCAUCAACAAUGCGGUGCAUGCCUCGACUGGGCAUACACCGUUCUUCGUGAACGCCAUACGGCAUCUACGCCGUCCGAGCACGCUCGGGGCGGUGGCUUCCUCCUUAAAGCGAGAGCCCGCACACGACAAGGCGACGUACCCCGAGAAGCUUCACGCACAGGCUGGGCCUGUUGCGAUCACACACGAAGUGUCAGUGCCGGGCACUGACACCCCAAAGUGCCACGCACAGUCUGGGACUGAUGCGAACACAAGUGGUGGGUCUGUGCAGGGCACAGACGCGGACAAGGCCAAUGAGCUGGACCCGGGGUUCAGCUCUCAAGCAAUGGACUUUGUCCAGGAACGACAAGCGGUCGUUCGAUUUGUACAAGAUGAAAUUGCAGCUUCUGCGAAUAAGCAGAAGUUGAACGCAGACAAUGUGAGCAGGGUUUCUGGAUUCGGAGCAAGCAAGCUUGCUCCGCGCUUCAUUGGACCAUUCACGGUGGCAGAACGUCACGGCAGUGCAUACACGUUGGAACUACCUUCCGACAUGAGACUACACCCAACGUUCUACGUUGGGCGCUUGAAGCCCUACGUGCAGCACGAGUCAUCUAGUCGUGAUGACUCGCCGACGACGACGCGCGGCGCGACUUCAGCCUCUCCUCAAGCCUCUUCACCUUCUCCCGGAGAAGGCGAACUUGUUCCGACACCUCAACACGGAUGUUUGAGGUGGUCUGAGCGGCUUCGACCACGUAGGCCUUCUGCACGUUCAGAUUCUGCUUCAGCUCAGUGA